ACAGCAGAGAGCUUGACGACGACGACGAUGAUCGUCCCUUUAAAUUACAUUCACUUCUCGUCAACGCGUUUCCUUCUCCUUUCCUUCUUUUUCUCUCGACCGCCUGUUCAUGGUGGAUGGGAGUCGGACAUCCUCUUCCACUUCCGCCGGACAAGAACCGUCGGGAGGUUGAUAUUCCGCCGGAUAUUGCGUCCACUUCUUCCGCUUCGGCGGUUAAUGCCUCCUUGUCCGAUGCUCCGAUUCUUUUGUUUGUUUUCUUCCACAAGGCUUUCCGUGCGCAACUAGCGGAGCUCCACUGUCUUGCCGGUGCUACGGUCCGGUCCGGUUCCGAUCUGGCUGUGGAGCUCCGCUCUAAGUUUGAGUUUCUUAAGCUUGUAUAUAAGUAUCAUUCCGCAGCUGAAGAUGAGGUCAUCUUUUCAGCGCUAGACACACGUGUGAAGAACAUUGUUUUUAAUUACUCGCUCGAACAUGAUGCCACUGAUGAUCUUUUCACUUCGAUUUUUCAUUGGCUAAAUGUUCUUCAAGAGGAAAGAGGGAAUAGUACUACUUCCGAUGUACUUCGUGAAGUUGUAUUAUGCAUUGGCACCAUCCAAUCAUCCAUAUGCCAACAUAUGCUUAAAGAAGAGCGUCAGGUGUUUCCUUUGUUGAUUGAGAACUUCUCCUUUGAAGAACAAGCAUCACUAGUGUGGCAAUUCAUUUGUAGUGUUCCCGUGAUGGUGCUAGAAGAAGUUUUCCCAUGGAUGAUGUCUUUACUCUCCCCCUUGGAGAAAUCUGAAGUUGAGAGUUGCAUGAACGAAGUUGUCCCAAAGGAUGUUUCCUUGCAGCUGGUUAUAAACUCUUGGCUGAUUGAUGAUAGUAGUCAGUCUUCUUUGAUGGAUCUUACAAAGAUCAUGAAAGGAGUCCAAUCUGUAGAAGUGUCUGAAAAUAUGAAGAGCUUAGCUCAGACAAGUUCAUCAAGUGGGGUGUUUCAACGUUUUUGGCAAUGGAGUAAAAUGUCCUUUUCUAGUCCAAAUACAGAACACACUCUGCUCCAUGGUGUUCAGCUUUGGCAUAAUGCAAUUAAAAAGGAUUUGGUAGACAUUCAAAAAGGAUUAUGCCACUUGACAUUUCCAAGCCUUUCGUUGGAUCUCAAUGUGUUAGUGGUUCGGCUAAACUUCCUUGCUGAUGUCCUUAUCUUUUAUGGCAAUGCAUUUAAGAAGUUCUUUUACCCAGUGUUUGAAGAAAUGGUGGAUCAACAACACUCUUCAACUUCCAAACUAUUCACCAUUGAUGGCCAUGUGGAAAACUUCAAGAAGUCUCUAGACCUUGAAACUAGAGCAGGGAGUGACAAUUUUGUGAUAACGCUACAGGAGAAACUGGAAUCCCUUAUACUGACAGUAGCUAAGCAGUUCUCUUUAGAGGAGACAGAGGUAUUCCCCAUUAUCAGCAAGAAUUGCAACAUUGAAAUGCAGAGGCAGCUCCUAUAUAGAAGCCUACAUGUCCUGCCUCUGGGAUUGCUCAAGUGUGUCAUAAUGUGGUUUUCUGCUCAGUUACCAGAAGAUGAAUGUCAAAUAAUCAUUCAAUUCUUGAGUUCUGAAGAUUCUUUUCCCAACAAACCUUUUGCACAGCUCUUGUUGCAGUGGUUUCGCUUCGGUUAUUCAGGCAAAACACCUGUUGAAAGUUUCUGGAACGAGUUGUCCUUUAUGUUCAAACCGAAAUGUCCCUCUGAAGAGGAACACAAUGAUGAAGGUUCUGGAUCAUUCAACCAGAAACCACAGCAGCAACUAUGCAAAGGAUUCAAUCCUUCUUUGCUUAGAAAUAAGUCUUCAACCUGUUUCCAAUCAAUGAAUCCACCAGCUGGUUACAUGAAUGAGACACCUUACUCAAGUGCCAUGAAUCAGCAAAUACUUAUCCAAGGAAAGCUUAGGCCUCUUCAGAAUGUUCCUGAUAUUUUUGGCAGCAAGACUAACACUGGCGAGCAGUUUGCGAUGGACUUGAAACCGAUCGAUCUGAUUUUCUUCUUCCACAAGGCAAUGAAGAAAGAUCUCGACUACCUUGUAUGCGGUUCAGCUCGAUUGGCAACAGACAGUAGCUUCCUUGGGGAGUUUCAUCAGCGGUUUCAUCUUAUAAAGUUCUUGUAUCAGAUACAUUCAGAUGCAGAGGAUGAGAUUGCAUUUCCAGCUUUGGAGGCCAAGGGUAAACUACAAAACAUUAGUCAGUCAUACAGUAUUGAUCACGAACUAGAAGUUGAACACCUAGACAAAGUAUCAUUCCUUUUGAAUGAGAUGGUAGAAUUGAACAUGUUGGUACUCGACCACAUGAAUGUCAAGUAUUUGAAUCUGUGUAUGAGCCUCCAAGACAUAUGCAAAUCCAUUCAUAAGCUAUUGUCUGAGCAUCUCCACCGUGAAGAAACUGAGCUAUGGUGUUUGUUCAGAAGCUGCUUCACUAUUGAAGAACAAGAAAAAAUCAUAGCAUGCAUGCUGGGAAGAAUAAGUGGAGAAAUAUUGCAGGAUAUGAUUCCUUGGUUAAUGGAAUCUUUGAUCCCUGAUGAACAGAAUGCAGUGAUGUCCUUGUGGCGUCAUGCAACAAGGAAGACUAUGUUUGGUGAGUGGCUAACAGAAUGGUACAGUUCUAAUGUUACAGGAGAAGAAACGGGGGUAACAAAUAAGAACUCAUCUGAAGAUUCAGAUCCACUAGAAGUUGUCUGGAAUUAUCUCUUUGAAGGAACGGCUGAUGAGGACAGAGGGAGCAUUUGCAGCAAACCUAUGGAAUUUGUAAAGACAGAUUCAAAAGGUAUGAUGAAUAAGCCACUUGGAAAGGCUGCUCCCAGUAACAAGGUAGAGUUUGGCAACAAAGAAGAGAAUCGUAAGGAAAUCUCAGAAAGUAAAAAGGUGUGUAUAGGGGCUGACGAAAGGAAGUACAACGAACAAACUCACAGAAGCUGCGAGUACAGAAACUCUGCUCAAGCUUUUCAAAUGUCUCAGAAAUCUCCUGGUCAAGACAGUAAAUAUGAGUGCCUGUUAUCAAUGAGUCAGGAGGAUGUGGAGGCUACAAUUAGAAGAAUAUCUCGUGACUCUGCCCUAGAUCCUCAUAAGAAAUCAUAUAUCAUCCAGAACUUGUUAAUGAGUCGUUGGAUUGCCACACAGCGGAUAUAUAAUCUUGAACCAUCCAUUCUCGCAAGCAAUAGGGAAGCAGUUCCUGGCCAGCAUCCAUCUUAUAGAGAUUCUCACAAAAUGAUCUUUGGUUGCAAACACUACAAAAGGAAUUGCAAGCUUCUUGCUCCUUGUUGCAACCAGCUCUUCACCUGCAUACGAUGCCAUGAUGAAGAGGUUGAUCACUUAUUGGAUAGGAAACAAAUCACAAAGAUGAUGUGCAUGAAGUGCCUGAUAAUUCAACCAGUAGGUGCGAGUUGCUCAAAUACUUCAUGUAAUUCGUCAAUGGGAAAUUAUUACUGCAAAAUAUGCAAGUUGUUUGACGAUGAUAGGGAAAUAUAUCAUUGUCCCUACUGCAACCUCUGCCGGCUAGGAAAAGGACUGAGCAUUGACUACUUCCAUUGCAUGAAAUGCAAUGCUUGUAUGUCUAGAACCUUAGUAGAACAUGUAUGCAGAGAAAAAUGCUUAGAAGACAAUUGCCCGAUCUGCCAUGAAUACAUAUUUACCUCAAAUUCUCCCGUGAAGGCUCUCCCAUGCGGUCACGUGAUGCAUUCAACAUGCUUUCAGGAGUAUACAUGUUCGCAUUACACAUGCCCUAUCUGCAGCAAGUCACUAGGGGAUAUGCAGGUUUACUUUAGAAUGUUAGACGCACUGCUCGCAGAACAAAAGAUGCCAGAUGAAUACUUAAAUCAAACUCAGGUAAUACUAUGUAAUGAUUGUGGGAGAAAAGGAAAUGCUCCUUACCAUUGGCUCUAUCACAAGUGCUCUUUUUGUGCCUCCUACAACACCAGACUUUUCUAGUUCCUUCUCCAGUUUCCCUUCUUGUUCCUUGUACAUCUACAAGUCUAUAACAAUUUUCUCUUUUUUUUGGAAGCAUUUCAUUUUGUAUGGAAAAAAAAUAUUCUACAUAUUAUUAAAUCUAGAUGAUUGUUUACCACAA